CCAUCUCUGUCUCCCUCUCUGCAGUGGUGCUGCCACAACAACAAAGGCACCUCCCUGACUUCUGCCUGCCUCCAUCCUCCAACGUCCAACAGAGGAAAGGAAGGGAACGACGUGGACUGAAUGGGCAGAAGAGGAGAUGUGUUUACUCUGAUUGCCCACGUCCGUUAGGAAUCCUGCACCUCUGUCUCACACCAUGAGUGUCGUAGCUCUCUCACCUGUGGCCCCUGAGCCACUGUCCCCAAUGAUCACCUCCAUCACCCCGGUCAGUCCGGUCCUGGACCCUGACACCUGCGCCUCUCUGUCUGCUGAGCUUCAGGCUCCGGAUGGAGGCUCCUCAUCGGGCCCUGGACCCAGCCGGGGCCCUCACCAGGAAUCAUCCAGGAGGUCGGAGAAGCCUCCACCGCUCCACGCCGGGGCCGACUGGAAGGUCGUCCUCCACCUCCCAGAGAUUGAGAAGUGGCUCCGAGCGACCAGCGACAGGGUCACGCAGCUCACUCACUCCGUGGGCCAAGACGGAGGCAACCGGCACGUGGACGUCCACCUGGUGCAGCUCAAGGACAUCUGCGAGGACAUCUCGGACCACGUGGAGCAGAUCCACGCCCUGCUGGAGACGGAGUUCUCCCUGAAGCUGCUGUCCUACUCUGUCAACAUCAUCGUUGACAUCAGGACGGUGCAGCUGCUGUGGCACCAGCUCCGGGUCUCGGUUCUGGUCCUGAAGGAGCGUCUGCUGCAGGGUCUGCAGGACUCCAACGGAAACUACACCCGUCAGACUGACAUCCUUCAGGCCUUCAGACCGGAGCAGCACGAGACUCGCUUGGAUGAUCUGACGGAGGUGGACGACUGUGGUCAGCUGACCAUUCGCUGCAGUCACGACUACUUUUCCUUAGACUGCGGCAUCACUGCCUUCGAGCUGAGUGACUACAGCCCCAGUGACGAGCCCGAGCCCCGCGGAGCAGAACCGGGCUGCGGGGCCCCGUCCCGGAAGCAGGGGCUUGGUACAAUCCAAGACCCAGGUCCUGUGGACUGUGAACUCUUCAGUAGCAGUGACUCAAACCCUCCUAUGUGUUCUCUGUCAGAAUUACCCACAAUGCAGCGUGGCCUGCCCAACCACACUGAGAGUACGAAGCGCCCCCUGCAGGGCGUGAGCCACAGCACAGACGUGUCGCCCACACACCCGUCGCUGCCCAAGAGAGCAGCUCUGUUCUCCAACGCGAGGUCCGCCGGGGGUCCCUCAGAGGGAGCUCUGGGGAAGGCGAGCCCGCCCCCUGGGCUCCACGUCCAGGCCGAGCUGAGCCGAAGCACCCCCUCCCUCACGGAGGCACCCGAUCGCUCCAAGUUCUGGUUGGAGUUGGAUUCGGUUUAUCCAGAGAAGGUGUCGCAGUCCUACGAGAGCUUGCAGGUCAUGAACGGGCGAAACCUCCAGAGAAACAGACAGGAAGGGCGCUCAGAGGGGAGAGUGAGGAGGAACCCAUCAGGUGCCGGGCCGACCCAGAACCGCCCCCUGCCUCUCCAGGACGCACUGUCUGAGCAUGAAAUAUUAGAACAAAUGGAGAGGACGCGGGAGGAGAUGCACACCCACAGCGAGGACGACUCUGGCUCCUCGCUGCCCUCCCCCAUGAGGGAGCAGCUGAUCCCCUCAGAUGUGGAGGCGUCUGGAGAGGAGUCGGACCCCCGACCGCCUCCUGGCAAGGCAGCAGUGUGGAUUGUGAAGCACCAGGGGCAGAAGGGGAUCCAAGUGUCAUCUAAAGCGAGCCCAGAAAGGCAACACUGGUAUGGCUCAGACGAGUUCCUGGCUCUUCCCUCUCAGCUUCGUAAGACAGAGAUGCUGGCUAUGAAACUGGAAAGUCUGGCUCAGUCCAUCCCACUGGGGCCUCGUGAUUCAGCUCAGGAGGGUCUGCAGGACGUGGAUGACUGGGAUCUGACAGAACUUAACCCAGAGUGGGAUGUGGGGGCGAGCAGGGACAGUGACAGUGCAAGAGACAGCAGAGACAGCGCUGCUUCUCCUCUACCCCCUCUGCUCCCUUACAGGCGCAACCUGCUCAGCCCCACCUCCUCUAGUGACAUUGCGCCUUCAUUGGAUGAGAGCAUCGAGUCCGGCCCGUUGAGUGACCUCCAGUCUGAAGACGAGGAGGGUCGGAGGUCAUUGGACUGCUGCCUGGAACCAACAGCUCCUCCAGUGAAUGGACGAGGAGGUUCAACCCUGGUACAACAACUGGUGGAGGACAUUCAGAGUCAGGACAAAGACCCAGAUACCUGGAAGAAGAUCGAGUGUUUUGUGCAGCAGUUGGACGGGUUCAUCUCGUGGCUGCAGGAGGCUCUGGACAGCACCGAGAACUGGACGCAGCCCAGACAGGAUGUGGAGAGCCUGAGGGUUUACCUGGACACACACCUGGGUUUCAAGCUCAGCGUGGACAGUCACAGCGCCCUGAAGCAGAGCAUCAUGGAGAACGGCCGAGCGCUGCUGCCUGUCAUCACCUCCCAACAAUCAGGUCUGAAGGAUAUCCUCCAUAUGGUUUCCAGCCAAUGGGACCAGCUCCAGCGGCAGAUCCGGCGCCAACACGGCUGGAUGCUCCGCGCCGUCCGCUGCAUCCAGGCCCGCCUCCUGUACUCCAGCCAGUCACGUGAGCUCUUCGCAGCGCUGGGAGACGCGUCGGCCAAUGGACUGGCUCCCUGCCCCGCGGACGGCCCCACGGCCGAGCGCUUCUCCAGCCCCUGUGAGGCCCAGCGAGCGGCGCUGGAGCAGAUGUCUGUCACGCUGAGCGGCCUGCGCUACCCGGGGUCCACCAGCAGGGGGCACUGUGGGCCACUGGCCAGCAACGACAGUCUGCAGGAGUUGGAGCUUGAGUACCAGGAGCUCUGGGAUUGGCUGAUGGACAUGGAUGCCAUGGUAACGGACAGCCACCAGCUGAUGAUGUCGGAGGAGCAGAGACAUCACCUGUUCCAGAGCAGCCACGCGGAGCUGAUGACGAUGGAGAGCAGGAGGUCCGGUCUGCUGGGCCGAGCUGCCUCGCUGAGGAGGAGCGGCGCCGAGCGGCCCACCGACCUGCACGGCAGACUGCACAUGCUGACGCUCACGUGGAGGCAGCUGGAGAACAUCCUGUCUGAGCGCUCGGCUGUGGGCCCGUCCCAGCAGAACCGGUCGGCGAGCCUGGACGGGCUGCUGGUGCAAAGCCCUCGCCCAGCGCUCUCCCCGCUGACCUCCUCGCUGCUGGAGCAGCUGGAGGCUCGCAUUAAAGAGCUGAAGGCAUGGCUGCGAGACACCGAGCUGCUCAUCUUCAACUCCUGCCUCAGACAAGACAAAGACGCCUCGGAGCAGCUCCACAGCUUCAAGUCUCUGAGCUCAGAGGUGCAAGCCAGACGCAGAGGAGUGUCCUCCGUGCUGAAGCUCUGCCAGAAGCUGCUGCAGCACAGCCAGUCGGGCCCCAUGAUGGAGGUGGGCCCAGAGGCGGAGCAGCACCGGGAGGCCCUGCAGCUGCUGUCAAUCAACCUGGAGAGGAGGUGGGAGGCGAUCGUGAUGCAGGCGCUGCAGUGGCAGAACAGACUGAAGCGUGAGCUGGGAGAUCAGCAGGUUCCAGGGAACUUUCUUGAACCCGGUCUAGUCGAUCUCCACCACAUCAGUGCUGCACCAGUUGAACCAGUGGCACCAGUUCCUGAUGACUCAUGGGAGUGGGAUGAAACGGAUAUGACAAUCACAGAAGCAGAGCCACAACAAGUAUCAGAACCGGACCUUCCACACAACCUCCCCACAGAACCAGACUUGCCUGUGGACCCAGCUAGUCAGCGUCCUGAUAUGAUGAGGGGAGGGUCCUCACCAGGGGGUCAGCCCAGUGCGGUCCCCCAACUCCUCCCCCCUCCCUGCAGUCACAUCUACCAGGUGUAUAGUCUCCAUAAUGUUGAAUUGUACAAACAGCCACAGUUUCCAUACAUCUCUUCAUCACUGCGCAAAACCACAGCAGCGAAACGGAAACAGCAGCUGCUCCUGAAAAGCCUGAGUAAAGACUCCUCAUUCUCCUCCAUUGAGUCCCUGCCGGACCUUCUUGGCGCUUCGGUACCAACCGGUACGACUGGACCGGAGGGCGGCCGGGGAAGUGGCCAAUCAGCUGACAGCCGUCGUUCAGAGUGUGAGAGCGGGAUCGUCAGCGAUACUGGAGAUGCAGAGACGACCAUCAACUCUGAAAACCAGGAAGCAGAGGAGGACGAACCCAGGCAAAUAAACAAGAUGGAGGAUAACAGGAGGAAGAAGGGAUGGAGGAGGGAUGAAAGCGAAAGACGAGAGGAGGAGAAAAAGCGAAGGCACGGCAGGGGAGGAGGUGAAGCUGUGGAGGUUCUGAUCAAUGGGCGUGGCAUAUUGACGCCUGCAGACUCUGACUCCGACUUGGAGCUAGAACGACCGCUCGUGCCUCACUGUGACAUCACAGAGUUGACCAGAGUCCGCCAUUUUAGCGCUUUGGAGACUCCUGCUCUCAGCCGCCGAGCGUCCAGUCCAGUGUUGUCUCAGGGCUCCUCUCUGGAGUCGUUGCUGGCUCUGGGCGUGGAGCUAUUCCCCUCCAAAGACACGCUGACCCGCAGCGCCUCUCUGGAGAGUAACCUGGACCCGAGCUCCAGCGCCGGAGGCCGGAAAAGAAGCCCCAUGAGCCGCGGGAAGCUGGUACUGGAGCAGCACAGAGAGGGGGACGGAGCUGAAGCAGCAAGUGAGAAGACGGGUCGCACGGUGCCAGGGGAGCCGUUCCCCGGGGAGCUGAGCAGAAGAACCCUGGACCUCCUCAAGCGCCUGGAGAACAUCCAGAGUCCUCUGACCACCAAGAUGACUCGCAGUGUUUCUGACAUGACGCUUCGGAGCAGCUCGCCGCCGCGGAGCCAGCUCCCAGCGUCCCCGUCUCUGGGCGGCCGGCACUCGCCCCUGUCUCUGCUCUCAGGCUCUUCACGCAGAGGACCCCCAUCGCUGAUCAAUGAGAGCUCGGCAACAGCCUCUCUGACUGAGCUGAGCAGCAACGAGGACUCGUCUCUGGGGUCCGAAGACUUGAUGAUGCUUAAAAAGCGUCGGCGUGUCUUCCUGGACGUCAGCACGGCUGCAAAUGCCAAUUUAAGCUCCUCUAGGAAACGUGGCCACGGGAUCCGUCGAGAAGCCAACGGGAUGGAGGACGCAGACACCAGCCUGAGCAUGGUGGUCAAUGUGUCCUGCACAGACGAGGACGAGGACGACAGCGACCUGCUGUCCUCCUCCACGCUGACUCUGACUGAGGAGGAGCUGGGCGUUCAGGAGGGAGACGAUGGCGAAGAGGAGCGACUCAGCGGCGUCUCGUCUGGAAAUGAGGACGAUGAUGAGGAGCUGGAGGGCUCUUACGUCCUGGGCCUGGACUACAUGAAGCGGGAGCUGCAGAGCUGGAUCCGAUCCCCUCGAACCUCCUCCUCCUCCAAAACAGAAGCCGGCCUUUGGGAUGAGCUGCAGUGUGGGACCCAUUCAUCCUCCACGUUCACGCCACCUCCCACCACCACCCAGGAGCAGCACUGCUUCAUGAACCAUUCCAACUCAAAAGUAAUGGAAACCAACAUGAACAGCAACAGAGUGAGAGGAGGUGAACGAAAACAUGGGGAAGAGGCCGAGAACAAGAGGAACGCAACGAGGAGCUACAUCAGCCAGUUUGUGGACGACAUGGAGAACGGAAACGUUGACCAGAGCUGCUUAAAAACAAAAGAUGAGGAUGACGAGUUCCUCCGGGAAGAGUCGAGUGUGUUCACAAAGAAAGGAGAUCCCAUGAGGGAGUCGUUUGCAUCGGUCCAGGAUGCAAAGCCGCUUUGUUCGUCGCCGUCCUGUGAAGGUCCCUUUCAGUCCCAAUGCGCCUCCUCGUUGGUGGGGCAGCUCCGAGGAGAGCUGCCCUGCCACAGCUCCUCGGCCCCCUCACCGCCUGCCCUCUCACCAGUGGAGGACUGCAGAUCCCACGAUGCUGUGCACGACAGCAGGGCUGCAGCCGGGGGAAGGAAGGCCAUCACCAUCCAAGAAAAGUUCAAGUUCUCCUCCUUUGUGACGGAGGAGACGAGGAGGGAGCUUAGGGACAAGGAAACCUCCCUGCCGCCCAAAAGACGCCACAGCUCCGUGUCCUGCUGCAGCCGCCUCCCCUCCCCCCCUCCACGCCACGCGUGCCGCAGCCAUGACACCUCCCAACACAACGUGCACAACUUUGUCAUGGAGAUUAUUGACCUGACCUCAGUGGCGCUGAAGAGCAAACCAAAGCAGGCGGAGUCCAGCGGGUCCGAGCCAGAACCAGGUCCCGCUUCUCUAGCACAGAUCAGAGACAAGGUCCUUGAACACUCCCACCGGCCCCUUCACUUGCGGAAGGGAGACUUCUACUCCUACCUGUCUCUCUCGUCCCAUGACAGCGACUGUGGCGAGGUCAGUCAGUGCUCGGAGGACAAGAGCUCCUCUCCGGCUCCCUACAGCAUCCCGACAGCACAAGGCCUCGAGAGCCCGAGCCCCGAGCUGUUUACCAGCAGCGCUCGCAAGAUGUGCAGCUCCAGCUCCGCUCCCGUCUCCCCACGCUGCUCCGCUCACCUUGACUCCAAGAACAACUUUGCUGAUUUGGACCUGAAGCGUGCUGACAGCCAAGCUAAUAGCGCUAGCACCUCUCUAUCCCUGCCUCCGAGCCCGGACAUCAGGGACGAGGAGCCUCUGUUUGCAGCCUGCACUGAGGAGGUUUACCUGGGCCCGCCUCUCUGCUACAGCAUGGUGCUGACCAAGAAGCCACGGAGGUUCUGUUUGCCUGCGCUGGACCCGGGCGUCCAGCUGGACCUGGGUGUCCGGCUGGACCCGGGCAUCCGGCUGGACCCGGGCAUCCGGCUGGACCCAGCCAGUCCAUCGUAUACACCUCCUCCAGGAGCGAAUGGAGGCCAGGGUUUGGAUCGGAGCCAGGCUCAGCUGCACCUUGGAGGGUUCAGUCACACAGCGCAGGGAGCUCCCAGUUGCUUCCAGGAGCCGCGCCACAGCUCCUGCUUCACCUCCUCGCUUUCAGCAGACGCCUCUGGCUUCAACCCGGGUGACGGCAACCGUGCCCCUCCUCUGUCCUCUGGCGCCGGGGAAGAGAAACAGGGUGAGGACCUGCGCCUCCUCUGUGAUGUCGCUAGAGGAGAAGUCACCGUGGCUGCGAGUGUCGGCGUGCUGCAGGAGCAGAGGAGUCAUAAUGAGGGGCCUCCUUAUCUUAAUCCCCGGGCUCGUGUCGCCCCGAUAGACUCCUCCGCAGCCGAAUGUUUGGCAGAUACUAAAACGCUUGAAUCCAAUAUGGGCGCCGUAAUGACCAAGAUAAGUGUCUGCAGCUCCGCUACAAAUCCCUCAAAAGAGCCAGCCGCCACCGCCACGCGUAUUAAUCCCAAAAUUAACUGCUCGGCGAUGAGAGAAGCAGAUAGAGGGGAGGGGGGGAGGCGAGGAGGGGGCGCGCGUCGGCAGGCGAAGCCGGAGGAGAGCGGGAGGAGAGGGCAGAGCGGCUCUCAGCAGGAAGCCGAGGCAGCGGAACAGGUCAGCUCUCAGUCGGCUCUUCAUCACAGUUCCAGAGCAGAGCCGAGCCGGAGCCGAGCCUCAGGGAGACGUCCCAGCUCCAGAACGGGGACAGUUAGUAGACUCCCCGUGUUGGCAGCAGGAGCCUCCAGGACUCAGCUGUGAGGCCGUCUCCCUGUCAGACCCCUCCUCCGGGCGUCAUCUCUGCAGCUGGAGCCUGUCACACCGCUGAGCUCCCACAUGUCUGCUGUAGCCGCCGCGCUCUCGUGACUGGACGCUGCAGACACAGCUUCCUUUCUUUUCUAGGUUUUGAGUUUCAUGUGAUCUUCAGCAUCUUUCAGUGUUUCUAGGAGGAAAAUGUUGUGAAUUGACGCCAGACAGCAUUUUAAAUGUGACUGAGCAGUGAUUGGCAAAGCAACUGGUUCACAACGAAGAAUGAUGAACAGCCUGUAACAGUUCAGAUCAAUCUCCUUCGUGGGUUUACUGUUUGUUCUUACAUUGCUGUGUGUGUGUGUUACACUUUGAUCGCCGCACUCAUCAGUUCAGCAUCACACAAUGGACGAACAGCAGUGAAACGAAGGAGCCACGGCGCCGCUAAGCUGGACUUUCCUGGUUCUCCUGGUUUAUAGAGAUGACUGUGGCACACCCUGUCUGCACAGCUCACCCAACACAGCUGGACACUUACAUAAACUACACCUCCUGUGGUCCUUGUUGGCUGAGUGGCUGUAGCACGUGGCUCUUCCCCCCUCCACCAUCUCCUGACCAACACGUCUGACUCUAGGUGCUACGUGGUCCAGUCCUUUAUCAUUCAUGGCAUUCACUGGUAGUUGUUUUUCUUCCUCCAGCUGUUGUUCUGCCACUGUCCAGAUGUCAUGGAGCCUUUUUGUUUUUCUGAUUCAUUGUAUCAGCCUGUGAGCUUCUAUGUUUCAACUUCUAUGAACAAAAUCAGUUGUGAUCAAGCACAUUUAGUGUCAAGUCUCUAAACUCUGUUAUAGCCUAUUAUGAUAGAAACAAAACUCUUCAAGCAUGAGAAAUGCUCACCAACUAGCAAACGCAUGCUUUGUUUUGGCAGGCAGAACGCUGGUUGCUGUGUUUUCCUGAUGAGACUGAUGACGUGUUGCUCCUGUUUGUAAGCAGCUAAAUCCAGUCCUCCGUCCCUCCCAGUACAAAAUGAAGAUGAGUAAGAGCUGACACAUAAUGCAGGUAAAGCUGCGGUUGCUUUUGAGUUGAGGAUCUAGUCGUUUUGUAGCUAACACCUGAUCUUUAUAUUGAGCUUUAAAAUGCAAAGACAACAGUGUAAUCCAACUGUGAGACAUUCAGGUGAAACCAAAAAUGGAAAAACUCCUCAGUUGUCAUCUUCAUGUUGAGUGCGUGAAUGAUUUGACCCAGGUAGGGGUGAAUGUGGAGGCUGGAAGGGAAGAGGGUAAGAACAGGGUCAAACACUCAAAACUCUCCCAGCUUCUAUGGUGAGAUGUUCCUUAAACGCCCCACAGCAAAGCGGUGAUGAAGCUGUGAUGGAUCGGUUACCUGGGGAUCUUACUGGAACCUUUCUCAUUCCUGGUAGCAGUGACUGAACAUGAAGGAAGAAGCACGUGUCCAAAAACAAAAAUCACUUUUAUCUAUGCAACACGACCAAAUUAGGUGGAAGCUGUUGUGUAGGUGUAAAGUUGGACUGUUGUGUAAUACUGCUGGAUGUCCACUGCUGAACCACGUGUUGUUCUUCUGUUCUAGCUGCUUCUGAUGAUCAGCGCUGACGCUGUGAGGGCAAAUAGGGUUUGAAGUCCUUAAACUCUAAUUGUGUGCCUUGCUUCUUCAACCUUUUACUUCUUCUUCAACCUUUUUGCUAUUAAAGCAUCAGCGUUCAUUCAGUGCAAGAAAAAAUCCAAAUAAGAAGCAAAACCAGUUAGAUGCAAGGUUCACAAGCUUCUGUAUAUAUGUCAAAUGCAGAGAGGAUAAUGUUCGUCUUUACUUAACUCUGUAUGUGACCUGUGAUGUGAAAUAUCUUUAUCAUGACUACUAGCCAUAAAGAGCUUGACUGCAUGGUUCCUGCUACUACAGUGUAAAACCAACCACGGAGAAAUAAACGGCAUUUAUUGGAAAACUGGACAAA